GUCUAGCCAGUUGGUGAGCGCUGUAAUCUGAACCAGCUGUGUCCAGACUGAGGCCCCAUUUGCAUUGUUUAACAUACUUAGAAAAUGAAGUGUUCAUUUUUAAAAUUCCUCCUCCAAUUGGUUUAAUGCUGAAUUACUGAAAAGGGCUAAGCAAAACCAGGUGCUUUCUCUGUGGGCUCUCCAGUGGCUCGGAGCACCCAGGCUCUCCCCUCGUCCACCCCACGACUGGCUCGUCCCCCUGGAAUAAACACACCGGCCAGCCCCACGCUCGCUCGCUCGCUCGGGCCCAGAGGGAGCUGAAGUUCAGGGCCGGCUCCGAGGUCCCGCGCUGCCAGCUUUCUCGUUUCCCCUUUGCCGCUCCCGCUCCCGCAUCUUGGACAUGCCAGGAUUAAAAAGCUGUCCUGAUGGAUGUGAGGAUACUCACCGUUACCAUUCUGGCUCUCUGUCUUCCGAGUCCCGGGAAUGCACAGCAACAAUGCACUAACGGUUUCGAUCUGGACCGCUCGUCAGGACAGUGUUUAGACAUUGAUGAAUGCCGGACCAUCCCUGAGGCCUGCCGAGGAGACAUGAUGUGUGUUAACCAAAAUGGCGGGUAUUUAUGCAUCCCCCGAACAAACCCAGUGUACCGAGGGCCCUACUCGAACCCCUACUCGAACCCCUACUCAGGUCCGUACCCAGCAGCGGCCCCACCGCUAUCAGCUCCAAACUACCCCACGAUUUCGAGGCCUCUCAUAUGCCGCUUUGGAUACCAGAUGGAUGAAAGCAACCAGUGUGUGGAUGUGGACGAGUGUGCAACGGAUUCUCACCAGUGCAAUCCUACCCAGAUUUGCAUCAACACCGAAGGAGGGUAUACCUGCUCCUGUACGGAUGGCUAUUGGCUUCUGGAAGGCCAGUGCUUAGACAUUGAUGAAUGUCGCUAUGGCUACUGCCAGCAACUGUGUGCGAACGUUCCUGGGUCCUAUUCCUGCACCUGCAACCCCGGUUUUACCCUCAAUGAGGAUGGAAGGUCUUGCCAAGAUGUGAACGAAUGUGCAACUGAGAACCCAUGCGUGCAAACUUGUGUCAACACCUAUGGCUCUUUCAUCUGCCGCUGUGACCCAGGAUAUGAACUUGAGGAUGACGGUGUUCAUUGCAGUGACAUGGACGAAUGCAGCUUCUCUGAGUUCCUCUGCCAGCAUGAGUGUGUGAAUCAGCCCGGCACAUACUUCUGCUCCUGUCCCCCUGGUUACAUUCUGUUGGAUGACAACCGGAGUUGCCAGGAUAUCAACGAGUGUGAGCACAGAAACCACACGUGUAACCUGCAGCAGACUUGCUACAAUCUGCAAGGGGGCUUCAAGUGCAUUGACCCCAUCCGCUGUGAGGAGCCUUAUCUUCGGAUCAGCGAUAACCGCUGUAUGUGUCCUGCUGAGAAUCCUGGCUGCAGAGACCAGCCCUUUACCAUCUUGUACCGGGAUAUGGAUGUGGUAUCGGGACGCUCCGUUCCUGCUGACAUCUUCCAAAUGCAAGCAACGACCCGCUACCCUGGGGCUUAUUACAUUUUCCAGAUCAAGUCUGGGAAUGAGGGCCGAGAAUUCUAUAUGCGGGACCCUCGUCAGUGCAAUGAGAAGUUAGGCCAAGAUGCGGUCUUCCAUCGCUUUCCUGCCUGGAGGAGUCACUCACAUAGCCAGUUAUCCAUCCACUCACCUGAAGCAAACGGGCCCCAUCAGCGCCACCCUGGUGAUGACACGCCCCAUCAAAGGGCCGAGGGACAUACAGCUGGACUUGGAAAUGAUCACGGUCAACACGGUCAUCAACUUCAGAGGCAGCUCCGUGAUCCGACUGCGGAUAUAUGUGUCCCAGUACCCGUUCUGAGCCCCGGGCUGGGGUCUCUGACACUGCCUCUCAGCAGCACCCAGGGACAGGAGAAGAGAAGAAACGAGAGGGAGGGUGACGUGGGACAGAUGUUACGCUUUUCUUGCUGACCGCCUCCCGAGGAGUCGGCCCCGAAUGUCCUGACGCUGCCUGUCCCCUUGUAGACCCGUCGCUCUGAAGGACAUGCUUCCCCAGUUCUUAAACGACGCAGUUAUCGAAAAGUAUUAUCAGCGCCCUGACCUGAGAUCGACGGUGAUUUUUCAAGGCCUGUCAGUUUAUUUUCAUAUUUUUCGAAGGAAAUAGAUUAGCUUCGCUGGGGUCUGAGUCCGCGUUCAAAGACUGUGAACGGCUUCCUGUCACCUCCUCCACGCCUUCUUGCUGUCUGUCGCUGAUUGCUUCUUUGCCGAGGCCCGGAUUGCUCACGGGGACGCGGGGUGUAGCUAGCUGCUUCUUGUAUGCACAGAGAAGGCUGUGGAAAGAAACCACAGCCGGAUCUAAGGGUUUUCACAGAGUCUAUUUCAAAACCAUGUGUGGUAUUUUCAGCCACGAGAGAAGGUUUAGUUGUCCUUACAUUUGUAUAACUGUCUAAUCCUUUCUUGUGCAUUUUGAGUAUUUUUUUUUUUAAAUAAGUGGUAGAAUUCCUUAAGAAGGCCUUCAGACACAUGUUAUGUUCUGACUUCCCAAACCCAGUCUCCUCUCCAUUCUACCCCGGUGUUUUCUUCGAGGACCCCUUACUCAUGUUUUCUUUAGAAUUUUUACCCAACUGGGCUGGAAGGCAGAGGUCUCUAAACUGAUUAAAUAUUUGAAGAGA